AUGGCCUUGACAUUCAAUUGGAAGCUUGCUUUUGCAGCUCUACUAGUUUUGUUAUUCCAGGCUUCUCGAGCAACAUCUCGCGGCUUGUAUGAAACAUCAAUGGUCCAGAAACACGAACAGUGGAUGGCUCGCUUUGGGCGUGUGUACAAAGAUGAUGUAGAGAAGGCAAAAAGAUUCACAAUAUUCAAAGACAAUGCUGAGUACAUCGAUUCUGUCAACAAGGCUGGGAUCAAGCCUUACAAGUUGGGCAUCAAUGAGUUUGCAGAUUUGACAAAUGAGGAAUUCACAGCCACUCGCAACAGGUAUAGAAUGCCUUCUCACCAGAAAUCGUCUGAAAUUACGUUAUUCAAAUAUGAAAAUGUAACUGCUCCAACUACCAUGGAUUGGAGAAAGGAGGGUGCUGUUACUGGAAUUAAAGACCAAGGACAAUGUGGAUGUUGCUGGGCAUUUUCUGCUGUUGCUGCCACAGAAGGAAUCAACAAGAUCAAAACUGGUAAGUUAAUCUCUUUAUCCGAGCAGGAACUCGUGGACUGUGACACAAGUUCGGAUAUGGGAUGUGAAGGAGGUCUUAUGGAUGAUGCUUUUAAGUUUAUCAUCAAGAACCAUGGGCUUACUACUGAAUCCAAUUACCCAUACGAGGGAACCGAUGGCACUUGCAAAACCGGGAAGGAAUCCAACCAUGCUGCAGAGAUUACUAGUUACGAAGAUGUUCCAGCCAACAGCGAGUCUUCUCUACUAAAAGCUGUAGCUAACCAACCUGUAUCUGUCGCCAUUGAUGCUAGUGGAUCGGAUUUUCAGCUCUAUUCAAGCGGUGUUUUUACUGGAGAAUGUGGAACUGAGUUAGAUCAUGGUGUUACAGCAGUUGGAUAUGGUGAAGCUAGUGAUGGGACGCAGUAUUGGUUAGUGAAGAACUCAUGGGGAACCAAUUGGGGCGAGAAUGGUUACAUUAGAAUGCAGAGAAAUAUUGGUGCUGAAGAAGGACUCUGCGGAAUUGCUAUGCAAGCUUCUUAUCCUACUGCUUAAGUUUUGAAGUUUGUGCAAGUUUGCUAUUGGUUCUUCUCUACAGACCAUUGUUGGUCACAAUGUUCAUAAAUUAUGUGGUGUGUCCAGAAUUCUGUGUAUGUUAUAGACUUGUUUGUACAAUUUAAG